AUGACAACUGAUCAUCGUUUAAAACAAAUCUAUGAAAUUUUAUCGAAACGAAAUCGUAAUCGUGCGUUACCACUUAAAGAUGUUGGAUUAGCUAUUCGUGCAACUGGUUAUAGUUUAACAAAUAAUGAACUAAAAAAAUUAAUUGAUACAAAAUUAGGUGCGACAUAUGCUCAUCAAUUAUUUGAUCUACAGACCAUUCAAGAUUUAUGUAUUGGCUUAAAAAAACGUUCAGAAAAAGAUGUUCAUAAUAGUUUACGUUGUUUUGAUUAUGAACAUAAUGGUUUUAUAUCUGCACAAGAAUUAAAAUAUUUUUUAAGUGCACAUGGAGAAAAAUUAAAUGAACAAGAAAUUGAUGAAAUGUUAAGAGAUAUAGAUAUUGAUGAACAAGGAAUGUUAGCAAUUGAACAAGUACUUUCUGUACUUUUUGUUGGAGAUUAUAUAGAGUAA